GCGAGGCUGCGCUCCCACAAGGCACGGUCCUCUUCGUCCCGGCUGCCCCCCACGGGCGAACGCGGCCCCCGCCUCGGCCAGCCGCAGCAGCCCCCGCAGUCCAGGGGCUGAAGGAGGGAGGGGGGGCGUUCCGCUUCCGCCGGGCGGUGGGAACCACCCUGCCUCCCCCGCCCCACCCGGCUGGCUCCGGCGAGCAAGGGGGAUCCCGACCGCCGGGCUUUUCCGCAACGAGGAGCUGCUGACCCGCGCCGCCUCCCGCCCGCGAAGCAGGAGAAGCCAGCAGGAAGCUGUGAGAAUUGCUGAAGAUGUCUGAAAGCCUGGAUACUGAAGAAAAACCUCCUGCACCUCCUUUGAGAAUGAACAGUAACAAUCGCGAUUCUUCGGCCCUGAAUCACAGCUCCAAACCGCUCCCCAUGGCGCCUGAAGAAAAGAACCGGAAAGCUCGCCUGCGCUCCAUCUUCCCCGGAGGAGAUAAAACCAAUAAGAAGAAAGAGAAAGAACGUCCUGAAAUCUCUCUCCCUUCAGACUUCGAGCACACAAUCCAUGUUGGCUUUGAUGCCGUCACUGGGGAAUUCACACCAGCUCUCUGUGGCUCACAGAUGCAUACAGGGAAACUCUCGGAGGGCAUUCCUGAGCAGUGGGCCAGGCUAUUACAGACUUCCAACAUUACCAAACUGGAACAGAAGAAAAACCCACAAGCUGUUCUGGACGUUCUCAAAUUCUACGAUUCCAAAGAGACGGUCAACAACCAGAAAUAUAUGAGUUUUACAUCAGGAGAUAAAAGUGCCCAUGGCUAUAUUGCAGCCCAUCCCUCGGGCACGAAAACAGCUUCGGAGCCACCAUUGGCUCCCCCAGUUUCUGAAGAAGAGGAUGAAGAAGAUGAAGAGGAGGAGGAUGACAAUGAACCACCUCCUGUGAUCGCCCCACGCCCAGAACAUACUAAAUCAAUUUACACUCGUUCAGUGAUAGAGCCUGUGGCUUCACCAGCCUCAGUGAAAGAGUCCACCGUCCCCCAGCCUGAAAAUUCAAACACGAGCACUUUGUACAGAAACACAGAUCGGCAACGGAAGAAAUCCAAGAUGACUGAUGAAGAGAUUCUAGAGAAAUUAAGAAGUAUUGUGAGUGUUGGAGACCCAAAGAAGAAAUACACACGGUUCGAAAAAAUUGGCCAAGGGGCUUCGGGUACUGUUUAUACAGCAAUAGACAUUGCUACAGGGCAGGAGGUGGCCAUAAAGCAGAUGAAUCUCCAGCAACAACCCAAAAAGGAAUUAAUAAUCAAUGAAAUUCUGGUCAUGAGGGAAAAUAAGAAUUCCAACAUCGUGAACUAUUUAGAUAGUUACCUUGUUGGAGAUGAACUCUGGGUCGUAAUGGAGUAUUUGGCUGGGGGUUCCUUGACAGAUGUGGUUACAGAAACGUGCAUGGAUGAAGGACAAAUUGCAGCUGUUUGCAGGGAGUGCCUGCAAGCAUUGGACUUCUUGCAUUCAAACCAAGUGAUCCACAGAGACAUCAAGAGUGACAACAUACUUCUUGGGAUGGACGGAUCUGUGAAGCUCACUGAUUUUGGCUUCUGUGCUCAGAUAACUCCUGAACAGAGUAAGCGGAGUACAAUGGUGGGGACGCCUUACUGGAUGGCUCCUGAAGUGGUCACAAGGAAAGCAUAUGGCCCCAAAGUGGACAUUUGGUCUUUAGGAAUCAUGGCAAUAGAAAUGGUAGAAGGAGAACCUCCGUAUCUCAAUGAAAAUCCUCUCAGGGCCUUGUAUUUGAUAGCUACCAAUGGGACACCAGAACUCCAGAAUCCCGAAAGACUUUCUGUUGUUUUCCGGGACUUUUUGAACCGCUGCCUUGAGAUGGAUGUUGAUAGGCGAGGGUCUGCAAAGGAACUCUUACAGCACCCGUUUUUAAAACUGGCCAAGCCACUGUCCAGCCUGACCCCCCUGAUUAUUGCCGCAAAGGAGGCUAUAAAGAACAGUAGCCGCUAGUCUCUCAAAUAGCACGGGCCCGUUCUUGUUUUGGCAGGACUGAACACCAGACCAACAAACGCUGUCACACUUUGGACUCUCCUGUGGCCCCGAUGGGCAGGCGAUGAGCGACGUUGUCACUGUCAAUGGGGGAAGGGAAGCGGGGAGUGACCUGACCCGCUGCCCUAGAGGAGACACCACCCAUCCCAUCUCUUCUUUCCACUCUUGAGAAUCCCUUAACUUAUUUCUAAGGUGAACGGAAGCCUUUGGAGAAGAAGCUAGAUGGGAAGUUUCUUUUUGCUACCUGGGGUGUUUCCAGGGGACCACGGCACUGCAUGACUCAACUCAGCUGAGACAGUAGUGGUGACACACACCCCUACACCCCCAAAACAGCUCUCCUUUCUUUUUCUUUUCUUUUUCUUUCUUUCUUUUUUUUUUUGGUUUGGCUUUCCGAAAGAGAAGAACGAUUCUCUUUCUGCUUCACCUUACUGGGAAGAAUACGAACUGUUCACUAGCGCCCGGUCAGCUGGCUUUAUCCUAAGAGGAGGAGAAUCACAAUGGAAGGCUUGCUUUAUUUAACCAAAAAAAGAAGAAGGAAAAGAAAAAUCGUACUACCAGUGAUGAUGAUGACGAUGACAAUAAACCGAGACGUUGAUCAAUCGCAGCGUCCUCUUGUGGGUGGGGGGGUUUAUCCUUUGGAAUAGAGGAGAUGGAGAGCAUUGCAGUCCUGAGAACCUAAAGGAGAACAAUGUCGUUAUGUUGAUGAUUUCACCUUGACGUCACGGUGAUGAUGUCACGAUGCAUAUUGGUGAUUUUGUGUCGAUGAGGUUUUUUUUUCCCCCUCCCUCAAAUUAAAAAAAAAAAAAUGUUGAAGUAGAGAAAGUAACCCACGUGCACUAAACUUUGGAUGGAACGGCAGAACGGUUUUCAUAUCUGGCCAAGGUGCCUAUCCUUUUCUCCAGAAUCCUGAGCACUUCUAUUUCUCCAGCAGUCCCUGGGGCUCUUUUCUCCAGAGCUGUCCCAUUCCAUAAUCUGGAGGGUCAGACCCACUCCCUAUUUAUUUAUUGUCUUAAUUGUCCCGUGCUUAAUCCAAAUCCGCUGGAAGAAAUGUCCUUUCAAAUUGGAGAACUUGCAGCAAAGAAAGUCUCCUAGGACAUCAGCCUAACUGAGUCCAGGUGAAAGCUAACUUCAAGCUCUGCAUUGAUUUUGAUAUGUGGAGUGGAUUUCUCUCGCCCCCCCCCCAUCAUAAUAUGAAAAUAAGAAUAAAAAAACCCCUCAACCCCUAUAGCUGUGAAUUUAAGUUUUCCACUAAAACGGGAUUUGGGAAGGGGGUCUGUGCUGAGCCAUCUGCCCAAUUUCUGUGAGACCUAGUGUGAGAUGGGGCUUCCUGAGCCCUCUGCCCAUGCUUGAGGAGCUCAGGAAGGAGAAAUGUUUGAAGAGGAGCAUUGCCAGAGAAACGGCUCAGCCACAGAGAGCAAGAAAAAUGCAGCAAUACAUUAAUCUCACGGGGUUGUUUUACCCCUCCCUCCAAGCCUGUUUGAACUGUGACUUAUCCUGCAAAGCAUUGAAUCUGGAAUUUCUAAACUCCCUGUAUUGCUGAAAUCUAGCAAUGACUGUGAAUAUCUGUUGAUGAAGCAAAUAGCUUUGAUUAAACAAAUUUGUGUUGAUGUUUCUUCCAA